AUGGAUUUCACAACUUACACGAGUAGACUAGAGCCCUUUCUUCUGAUGUCCAAGAGUGCAAAAGGUGCAGCGGCAGCUAAAUUGGUUCAAGAUGCUACAGCUGCCCAAGGCGUCUAUGUCUUUGCGCAAUUGUUAGAUCUUCAAAACUCGCAGGAAUACAGUUCAUCCUAUGCACUUCUAGAAUUAUUCGCGCACGGCACAUACCAGGAUUACAAAGGUGGCGUAAAUGAAAUCAUCAAUCUUCUUGUGGAUCUCGAAAUCAGUUCAAUUCGAGAAUUGGAAGACUUGAUAAUAGACGCGAUUUAUCAGAAUAUUGUUCAAGGAAAGCUCGAUCAAAAGCAACAGCAGUUUGAGGUCGAAUUCACGAUGGGUCGCGAUUUACGAAUCAACCAACUGCCGGCUCUCCUCCAUGAGCUCAAACAAUGGUCAGGUAGGACCGCUGGAGUGAUAGACGCUCUGGAUAAAAAGAUAGAAGUGGUUAAUCAGGAGGAGAAAGCAGCCAAGAUCGCCGCUGAACAACACGAAUUACAGAGAGAGGCGAUGAUAGCAGAUAUACAAGCGAAGUCGAAGAAGGGACGUCCUGACAAGGAGAACGCAGAAGAUAACAUGGAGAUAGACGAUAUGGCCAAUAGUGGAGGUGGGGUCUUGAGCAAUCUACUGCAGGGCAAUAAAAGGAACAAGUGA